GCAGAUGACGUUCUCAAUUACAUUACCAUCAGAGAGCCAAAACACCAGGCAUUCGCGGUCUCCAAGGAAAGAGAGUCAGUCAUUCAUCUAAAACUUCUCUAAUGCACACACAGGUUCACUGUCUUCCGUUUCAGCAAGUCACUGUCACUUGAACUGCUUCAGUAUAACUACAAACAAUUGUAUUUUCAUCGUAUCCUGCAAAGGAAUUUAUUAUUAUUAUUAUUAUUAUUAUUAUUAUUAUUAUUAUUAUUAUUAUUAUUAUUAUUAUUAUUAUUAUCAAGAAGGAGAAAAGCGGUGGUUGAAUGCAGAAUAAUAAUAGCCUGAGUGUCUCAAAGUUUGCAUUUGGACCAUUGGUUUCUUCAGCUCUGGCAAAGGAAACUUUGGAAUUUAAUUUAUUCUCUUCCUUCACCAACAUGAAAUCUGCAGAAGAAGAAGCCUUCAACUAUGCAACACCUAAUGUUAGCAUCUCACUUCCCCUCAACAUGGGAAACUCCUGCUUGUCAACAUACCACGGCAUCCAUUCCAGCCAAGUUAUGUCUUCCAACCAUCAAGCCGGGUAUAUGGACAACGGUGCCUCGGGCUACUAUCUGUCUCCUAACAUCAGGCCAAAUGGAGCCCCUACCUUGGAAAGCCCCAGGAUUGAAAUCACUCCUUACAUUGGGAUGCACCAUGGCAAUAGCCAGUACCCCCAGGAAGAAGAGAUUGAAGAAAGCAUCCCCAGUGCCAAGAGACCAAACUCAAUUGUCACCCUGACCUUGCCCAAUGCGGACAACUACAGAGAUCCCAGCUGCCUUAGCCCAGCCAGUAGUUUGUCUUCCAGAAGCUGCAAUUCAGAAGCCUCUUCCUACGAGUCAGGCUACUCAUGCAAUUAUGAUAACUCCCCACAGAACUCUCCAUGGCAGUCUCCUUGCGUUUCCCCCAAGGGCACUGCUCCAGAGGAAGCCUACCACCGUGGGCUGGCAGCCUGCACACUGCUCACCUCUCCAAGGCACUCCCCCUCCACAUCCCCCAGGACCAGUGUCACAGACGAGAACUGGCUUGGCACACGCAACUCCCGAUCAACCUCUCCAUGUGGAGGAAAGAGAAAGUACAGCUUCAACGGCGUCCCCUACAGACACCCCUCCUCCUACUCCCCGCACCACUCCCCAACCCCAUCACCCCAGACCUCCCCUCGGCUCAGUGUGACCGAUGAGACCUGGCUGAACAACACCAACCAGUACACCAACUCCGCCAUUGUGGCGGCCAUUAAUGCUCUGACCACCGACAACAUGGACAACAUGGAUGGCAUCCCUGUUAAGUCCAGGAAGACCAAUGUCGACCUUAGCCCCACCAUGAGCCUUAAAAUGGAACCAGAUGAAGAGGAGCAUGGCACAGCAGACCUGUCCCCUGAAGACUUUUCGAACAGACGGAUGCCCUUCAAAAAAGAAAACUUCUGUGGGGAAUUCUUAUCAGUGCCACAGAACCCAUACACCUGGUGCAAACCAAAAUCCUACACGAGUCCUUCACUGCCUGCACUUGACUGGCAGCUGCCGUCUUGCUCGGGACCUUAUGAACUUCAGGUUGAUGUGCAGCCCAAAUCCCAUCACCGCGCUCAUUAUGAAACAGAAGGAAGCCGAGGGGCAGUGAAGGCGUCUUCUGGCGGACAUCCUAUUGUGCAGCUCCACGGUUACAUGGAAAGCGAGCCCCUCACCCUCCAGCUGUUCAUCGGGACAGCAGACGACCGCCUGCUGCGACCACAUGCCUUCUACCAGGUCCACCGAAUCACCGGCAAGACUGUCUCUACAGCCAGCCAUGAGGUCAUGCUCUCCAACACCAAGGUGCUGGAGAUCCCACUGUUACCUGAAAACAACAUGAGAGCCAUAAUUGACUGUGCUGGUAUCCUGAAACUACGGAAUUCGGACAUUGAGCUGCGUAAAGGCGAGACAGACAUUGGGCGAAAGAACACCAGAGUGCGGAUGGUCUUUCGCGUGCACAUUACUCAACCCAACGGCCGCACCAUCUCUCUGCAGGCAUCCUCCAACCCCAUUGAGUGUUCUCAAAGAUCGGCCCAGGAACUGCCGCUUGUCGAGAAUCAGAGCAUGGACAGCUUCCCUGUGACAGGAGGGAAGAAGAUGGUGUUAAGUGGACACAACUUCCUUCCUGACUCAAAGGUCGUCUUUGUGGAAAAAGCCCCAGAUGGCCACCACAUAUGGGAGAUGGACGCAAAAGUUGACAAGGAGUCAAUCAAGUCUACUUCAUUAGUGGUUGAGGUCCCCCUGUACCGAAAUCAGAGGAUAAGCAGUCCCAUCCAGGUGAAUUUUUAUGUCUGCAAUGGAAAGAGGAAGAGAAGCCAGUGCCAGCGCUUCACCUACCUGCCAGCUAAUGUUCCAAUAAUAAAAACAGAACCUACUGAUGACUACGAGUCUGUAGCUUCUGGACUAAGCACACUAUCCAAAUCUUACUACAACCAGCAAGUCCUGACCUCCAUGAUGCCUUCGGAUCCUGGCUCCUGUCUGGUAGCCAGCUUCCCUUCCUACCAGCAGAGAAACAUUGCGAUGUCACCCUCUUCACCCACCUCCAACUCAAGUCCUAAGCUGCAUGACCUCUCCCCUUCCACCUACACCAAGUGCAAUGCCAACACUGGUCACAGUCAGCUAGCCAGUCUCCAGCAGCCCACAGCGGGUAUCCCCAUAAUCCAAGAAGUGCCCAACAAGUCUGUGGUUGUGCACCCCAACUCCCCUGACCAAUCAUCUCUCAUCAUGCUGCAGUCCCAGGUGAGUCAGCAUCUCAGCAGUAACUGUUCUCAUGGUUACCAACAAUCACUCUAUCCCAACAGUCCCUCUUCUUCUCCGGUUCCCUCUGCCGCCCAGGAGACACUUUAUGUGCAGACCUACAGCCCACCUCACCCCUCCAUGCCGAUGGGGCAGCAACCUCCUCAGCUGAAGAAAGCUCAGCAAAAUGGGUCUCCCACUAACCAGCCGGGGUCACCACCGCUCUUGCAGGAAGAGAAUAGUCAGACCUCAUUGCCUGUCAUUGUCAAGCAGGAGCCCCAAGAGCUGGACCAGAUGUACUUAGAUGAUGUAAAUGAAAUUAUAAGGAAUGAUCUCUCCAGCACUUCCAUCCAUGGCCAUGCAUAGCCACAUACAAACUACAGGACUGAAAAUUAAAAAAAUAAAAAAAUAAAUAAAAUCAUAAUAAUAAUCAUUCUAAGACUCUGAAAUGAACUGUUCUGGUGAAGAAGAUGUUAAAGAGUGGAACACUGAUCUUCCAUUGUUGUUCAAUGAUAGAAGAAGAAGACAAAGCAGCAAAGCAACCCUUCUGCCCAAUAAAGCACUAACUUCCUGGGACCACUUUUUGAAUAGUUUUAUUAGAAACUGGCAUUUUUUUAAAGGUCUGAUCUUCCAUCCAAAGAAGUUGCUCCUGAGUGGCACUGUUCUAUCUUAGAGCUAGCUGGCACUGUUUGGUCAUCAGUUGAACAGCCAUGGAUGUGCCUUAUGUAUUUAUGUAGUGAAACUGGGAUGCAAUACAACAUAGAAAAAAGAUAUUGUCUUCGUAAGUGAUUUUUACAAUACAAAACUAAUUUAAAAAAUAUUAAUGUUAUGCCUUUAUUCUGGUUUCCUUUUUCAUCAGCAUCAAAACCAUCAGGUUUUUUAAUGUAUCUUAUGCCGUAUUUGUUAUUUUCCUUUAAAGUGGCCUGUUUAUUUUUUUUUUAAUGAAUAGUUUUACACACUGCUGCACAGGAUACAAUGGUAAUUUCCAUCAUAGUGCACAAACUAAGCUCACAAUGAAGAACUGCAUAUCAUCUAAACUAGUAGCCUAUAUGGUUAAUUUACGGUACAGAGAGACUGGAGAAAUCCGUGAGGAUUUCUUAAGUUUGCUAUUUUAAAUGGCAUAGAUUUUUGCUAAUCAACAUUUUUCUUUAAUAUUGACUUAUCACAUAUACAGUGAUCAAAUGUGAGUGUACUUGCCUGCAGGGUGACUAAAAGGGAAAUAUUCAGAACUGAAUAAAGAACAGGGCUUCAAACACAGUACCUUAUUCAAGACUGAUUACAGGUAUGUGUGCCCGUAAAUACAACUUUUUUAAUUAUGCAAUUAAUAUAUCUGACAAUCAGGAUCUUUUUUUUGUUUGCCGUUUUGGAGGGGAAAAAAAGGACUUAAGCUAGCAAUAAACUGUCUGUGGAUACCAAAGCAUUCUAGCUAGUGAAGUUACUGCUUUUUGUUUGAAUCUUUUUGGCUGUUUUAGAUUAAGAAGAUAUAGUAGCUAGCUUGUUUGUGCUUCAUGAAUGUAUGCACUUGAGAUACUGAAAAACAAACUAUGGUUUGUAUAUUUUUAAUGACCAAAUGUUGUCAGUAGAUUGAGGGAACUGAUAAAUUGAAGAGGAUUGACUGCUAACUGUAAUCUCCUAUAAGAAAACCAAAUAUUUUAAUGGAAUCUGAAAAAAAUAAUAAUCUAGAUGUAUAGCUUCCUAGAGCAUGUUAUGCCUAUGAAUAGUCGUACUAGUUCCACUUGGAAUACAGUUAACGGUUUAUUAUAUACUUAUGAAUGAAACUGUACUUUUUCAGAUUGUGUGUAGAAUAGUCUGUGGCAUGGUUUGAUAUAUGAAAUUAGUAAAAUAUUGUGCCUUAGUCAGUCAUGGUUUCCGCUAGAUGUGGCUAUACUUUACACAUUCAUGGUUUGUCAGGGCUUACAAUACUGAAGCACAAAGUGAAAUGUAUUUCCUCUGAAAUUUUACAUAUUUAUGGGGAUUUUAAAAUGAUGUUUGAUGUAUUCAUGGUGUCUUUGAAAACAAAAAGUAAAUCAAAUAAAAGCCAUAUUGGUAAUAUUUGCACAUUACUGUGAAGACUAUAAUAUAGUAUGGCUUUAACUUUAAAGACAUUUGUAUAGUUUUCCAAAGCAACUUGUUGCAACAGUCCCUGUUAAUCAUAGCUGUGACUUACUGGUUCUUUUGUCCAUAAAAAAAGAAUAGAUUUUGCAUGCCAUGUUUCUUUUAAAACAUAUCUUUUAAAUCAUAUGCCCUCUUCAGAACCUUGCUGAGUGCAUUGUUAAACUCUCCAGCUUCCAGCAUUCAGUCAGAAGACAAAAAACAUCAUUAAAUGUGUGCCAUUCAGAAUUUCAAACCAGACAUACUGCUGAAACACCGUUUUCUAUGGAAAGCAGACUUUUUGAUCAAAAAAAAAUUAAUUUAAUUAGCUCAGAAUCAAAUUUCUCAUAAUUAGAUCUUCUGCAAAUUUCCAUUCACAUACACUAGCAUUCUGUUUCUCAUGCUGGCACAAACUUCAAUGUUGUUUGUUCUGAUUUGUAUACUGUGUACUGUAUGCUUGACCAGUGACUUGUGCUUAUCAUGCUUUGGUGUAUAAUGAGUGCCUUCAUUUUGAAUCUAAGACCUUAUUUGUAUAUGGAGGUGAGAGAGGUGGGGACAGGAAUAAAGUGAAAUACCACUGGUGAUGCACCACUGGCUGAGAUGAUGUGUUAUGAAGACAGAAGCUGUUGUUUAAGUUGCAAAAAGAGAAUGUGGGUAUGUUUAUGCAACGCGUUUUUGCUGCAAGGAGUGUCUUGCCAUCGUCAGAUUGGAGCUGGGUAGUUCUUGUAAUCUUUCACGCUGUCAUGUUCAAACUUUCCUUCUGCUUUGCAGUAAAGCUAUUCCAGAAAUAAAGGGAAAAAAAGUGCAAGUGAGCUUUCUGCAUUUAAAACUGAAAUAACCCUCUCCUUAGUGACAAAAUCCAUGCAGGGUGCAGUCUGGUCUUGCCACACAUCCCUGCAGUCCAGUCUCAGAAUAGCUCUUCUAUUAAAAGAUAAAGUCACACCUUUUUUUCUGAAUCUUUCUGUUGAGUUGUUGAAAUAUUUAAAUAUUAGGUGGUUUCCGCUGACUCGUAAAAUGUAACAUUUGCUAAAUAUAAU